AUGCCUCGUCGCCUUCUUUUACUUCUAUUCAUCGGAUUGGUGGCGUCGGAGGCGCGCGACGUGGCGCGCUAUUUGAAGCAGUGCGGCUUCGUCACAUCGCUGAAAACCACCAAAUGCGUGUUCGUAAGUCGCCAACGUGCUGCCGACAUUCGUCGAGGUUUCCAGAAGAACGUCGCCGUUCAGAAGCAGCUCAAAAAUCUGGCGAAAAUGGCGACGAAAAACGUCACCAAAGUCAAAGAGGCGUGCAUUGAAGCGGUGGAAUGCAUCGAGGAGCUGAAAUGCCCGCCGGCGAGCGACGACUUCAGAGACGUCACCGAGUUUUGUUGGCGCGCCAAGUUCGCGCGCGGCUCCUACGCGAAUAUGGAUUGCGUCAAGCUCACCGGAAAACGAUACGACUAA